AUGGAUUUUUAUUGGCAUUAUUCAGGCAAGGAAGCAGUUGAUGCACAUAGAAAAGAGUAUCUUUGUCGAGCUAUUAAUGUUGCUAAACAAUUUUUUAAUACAUUAACGGAAUAUAUUCAGGGUGCGUGUCCACAAGAUCAAUUAGCAUUAGCAAAUAGUCGUUUAUGGGAUACAAUUGCUGGAUUUCUUUAUAUUUUUGCACAUAUGCAAAGAUGA